AUGGCGACUCUGAGUCGGAAAAGCAACAAGCGGUGCCCCGCUGCAACAGCCGAAGAGAGUGCUGGUAGACACAGCUUGAAAUCGAAGAAGUCAAUUGCCUCAGCGGAGUGUAUAGUGUGGCGGGCCUGGCUUCACAUCACCACUUAUGCAGUACCUUCGGGCUCUUCCAACUAUGGAAACGUCGCCAUCGGAAUGGCUUCCAAUGUGUCGAUUCAUAUACUUGAAGAAGCGCUCGUACCAACUGCCGCCUGGAACAGACUUCCUGUCUCGGUCGACUCGGAAUUCUGCAGCGGCACGUCUCGUCUUUCACGAGCAGCAGAUGGCAACACCAUGAAGCACAAGACUACCAUGCACCUAUCCAUGUCAUGGCUUCCAGCUAAUGACUUGCUCGAGCUAACCAAAUAA